GCUUGGACCCCACAUUUGAGAAAGUCUGGAAUUAUUGAAAGGGAAAUUAAAUAGUUUUUUCUAGUGUUCUUCUUUGCUUGUGUGUUUUUUUCUGUGGUUUCAUUCCCUUUGAAUAUUAUUUGUGUUUUUUGGUUGGUGUCAUUGUUCAAUGAUAAGGAAGGGUUGGUUGUGUUGCAUAGGAUCUUUGGGGAUAAUAUAUCAGCUUUGUCUCCAUAUGGGGAAGCUUCUGUUCUGAGACAACUGAGUUUAUUUUUUGAAAUUUUUUUUGCUUUCUUGAGUUUUCAAUCACUCUCUUGGGCUCUUCUCUGUUCCCCCAAUUGUGGGCAGACCACAAUUUCAAAUCUUUCCCAGGUUUCCUGCCCAUGGUGGUGAAGGCAAACCAUAAGGGAAUUUGGUUUAUUUCAUGAAUGUUUUAUUGCCUAGCCUUUAGAAAAAUUGGGUUUUCGAGGAAAUUGGUUAUUUGAGAUAACUGGAGUUUUGAGCCUGGAGAAUUUUACGUUGUGGGGGAAAAGAUAUGGCAACUUAUUUCUCCAGUUUGAGUGACCAAAGAGAUGAUCUCCCAAUGCCAUUGUUGCCAAAUGAGAAACACAGUUCUUAUCAGUCGUCUGGUCUCCCCGAUAAUUUGAUGUAUUUGAACCAUCCACCCUACCCAGAAUUGUCCUCGGGGAGUUCCUUGCCUGCUCAUAACUAUGGCGAGGCGCAAUCCAUUAGGACCCGGGAUGAGAUGCUGUUCAUUCCCCCGACGAGUGAUCCAGCAAGUAUGCAGCCGAUUGGUAGGGUUCCAAACAUUGGGUCGAGUUUUUCUGAUGUUAACUCUACCACGGUGGAGCCACAUACUUAUUCCUCGAAGCCUUUCGAUGCUCAAAGCGUUGAGCAGAGUCUUCAGUAUCAAGGACUAUCGCUCAGCUUGGCAAUGCAAGUCCCGGGAUCAGUUCAGGUGCCAGGAUAUCAUGAUCAGUAUACGAACUCCGGGUUCUCCCCGCUAAUGAGCGCACACGUUAUGCAUUCAGAUCAAGGGUCACACGAUAAUAACGAGAACAAAAGUGGUGAGUAUCUGUCGUUUGAUUUGGCUGGGGCUCAGAACAAUGUCAAGAUUGGGGGCUUGGGCAACCUCGACAGGUCCAUGAGUCUCCGGGAGAUGAACUUUAAUCCUCAGAUACACGACGUGCCAGCUGUUGCAGGGAGCAUUUAUAAUUCCAAGUAUCUUAAGGCCACACAGGAGUUGCUCGAUGAAGUCGUUAAUGUUCACACAGCUCUGAAGCAAUCGGAUAAACCCCACAACCUUCAUUCGUUUGGCCAAGACGAAGAGGCUGAUAUGAAAUCCAGCUGCUCAGGAACCGGGAUGUCAUCAGAUGGCCACAAGUCGACCAACACGUCCUCUGGUGAACUCUCGGCUGCAGAACGACAUGAUCUCGAGAGCAAGAUGACGAAAUUAUUCUCCAUGUUGGAUGAGGUGGAUAGAAGAUACAAACAAUAUUACCAACAGAUGCAAGCUGUAGUAUCGUCCUUCGAAAUGGUUACUGGGCUCGGUGCUGCUAGACCAUACACAGCGCUAGCGCUAAGAACAAUUUCUUGUCAAUUUCGCUGCCUUCGUGAUGCAAUCAAGAAACAGAUUCACGUAACCCGCCAAAGCUUAGGCGAGCAGGGUAACAGCCAAGGAGAAAGACUAUAUCGCCUCCGCUAUGUGGAUCAGCAGCUGAGACAGCAGAGGUCGCUUCAGCAAUUUGGUAUGAUGCGACAGCCUUGGAGGCCGCAGAGAGGCUUGCCUGAAAACGCUGUUUCAGUGCUCCGUGCUUGGCUUUUUGAGCAUUUCCUCCACCCUUACCCCAAAGACUCUGAGAAGAUCAUGCUGGCAAGACAGACAGGCUUAACGAGAAGUCAGGUUGCAAACUGGUUUAUAAAUGCACGAGUUCGUCUUUGGAAGCCGAUGAUCGAGGACAUGUACAAGGAGGAGUUCGGUGAUCCAGAAGGCGGUUUGGCUGCCUCACCCGAACACUUAACGGGGGCAGCAGCAAAGGAGAAAUCGGUGUCUGAUGACCAAGGCGAAGAAGAGCUUCACGAAAGCUUAACAUCGAUAGCACAAUCCAACGAUUUAAGGGCCAACGUUGUCCCCAACGAGGACCGAAACAUGAGCUCAGCGAGGCUAGGAUUCCAAGACGCCUCCCAUGAAAACGAGCAACACACAACGCUAUCCAACCAAACUGGCAACGAAGGUAUCAUUGCAGGCACGAGUGCAUACGGUGUCUCAGUGUUCCGAGGCAUCAUGGGCAACCAAGUGUCCCUCGCUCUCGGCUUGCAACAUAACCAGAACGACCCACAGCCACCCAGCGGAACACAACUAAUUGGGGACGAUGAUAAACCAGCUUCCUCUAUGGACAUUGGCAAAGCAGACUACUACUACAUCGACCCUGCAAACCAGCAAGAAAGGUUCGCUAGCUCUCAUCUCUUGCCUGAUUUUGUCGUAUGAUGAAAAAUUCAUUCCCCUGCAGAUACCCACGACGAUGAUCCAUUUUUUUGCCUGCCCACCGAGAGUGGAUUUCGAAGCAUGUGUAUAUAUAUAUGUAUACCUGUAUUCCUAGAUAAUCCAUUUGUGCAAUACAUAGUGAAUAAUAUGAUGGAAGGUUAGCAUAGUUCAUGAGUGUAUUACAUAUGAUAUAUUUUUGUGUUUGGUCAUCGAAAAAUAAACGAAUUCUGUAUAAAGUUUUCACAUCUUAUUGUCAUAUUCUUGAAAUGAAAAUUUACUGUCAUCAUCAA